AAAAAUCACAUAACCACACUCUUUCUUCUCUUCCCCAACUAGAACAUUUUCCGAAAAAAAAAAAGGCUAUUAAUAAUAGCAUAUCUCACAAUGCUAUCACACAAUUACACUCUCAAACACUUACCUCUCUUUCUUUUUUUGAUGAUCACUUCAGCGGCGGCCGGAGGCAGCGGAAGAAAGCUCGGGUCGGAGAUGGCAAGUGGCGGUGCACCCCCGUCUGGAACCCCCACGGGGGCUAGUGGUUCGGGUCAUGGUCCAAACUGGGACUAUAGCUGGGGAUGGGGCUCCGGACCCAGUGGUGGAUAUGGGUAUGGUUCGGGUUCAGGGCAUUCUCCAACGGGUUUUGCUAGAGGCUAUGGAUAUGGUUUUGGGUCUGGGUCUGGGUCUGGGUCCGGAUAUGGAUAUGGGUCUGGUGGCGGUGGUGCUCGUGGUGGUGGUUAUGGGUCUGGAGCUGGGUCAGGCAAUUCUGGUGGCGGCGGCUACGGCGGUGGAAGUGGUGGCAGCGGUGGCAACAAUCGGUUACCAUCGGCUUCAAGGGGCAAAACCAACCAUGGGUAAAUGCAUUCACAUGGAGCUAUAUAGCUAGUAGCUAUGUGUGACUCAUCUUGGAAGUAUGGUAUUGAAUUAAUAUUACUAUCUAUGAUCAAGUUAUAUAUUAUAUAAAAAGAAAAAUGGAUGGUGUGUAUGCAUGAUAGGUAGCUAGAGCUAGCUAGCCUUAAAGCUUUCAAA